CAUGACGUCAUAGCCCAUAAGGUGGCAGCACAUUUACUGACAUUUACCUCUUCAGUCAAUUGCAGUUAGCGGUAUUUCUAUCCGCAUAGUGUAAAUAUGCAUCCCAUCUUACAACAUCAAAAUAAUACAUUACAUUGAAAUAUGGCUUUGUUACGAAAAAGUAGCAGAAUUUUGCUACCGCAUACAAGAUUCGGUGUUGCAUGUCAACUUGAAUUAUCAUAUUGCGUUUUGAAUAAUCUAAGAAAAGAAGGUUAUGUCAGACCGUGUACAGUGUUUAUGUAUAAGUCAAUACAAUAUAACACUUAUUCUACAUUAACUAAAAAUAUUAAAGCAACUAAUAUUACUGCCGAAAAACAGUUGGAGUUGGCAUUGAUUUCACUGUGCAGUCGUAUGCAGAAAAACCAAGUGAGAUAUCAAGACCUGAUUUAUAUAAUACAAUGUUAUGAAAAUAAUAUAGAAAAACUAAAUAAGCAGAAUCUUUUGAUAUUACUUCAAUGCUGUGGGGAUAUGUUACCAUAUAUUAAUUUGGAAAUUCGUCGUAAAUUGACUGACCGUGUUUGGCAGCUCAUACAAUCUGAAAAUGAAAGAUUAACAUUAGAAAAUUACAAAACUUUACUUCGUAUCUAUGGUCAAAACUAUUCUUAUGUAGACCCAAAAAGAUUUUUGGAAUCUAUGGAUGUUGAACCUGAUGAAGAAACAUACCAGCUUUUAUUGAAUGCUACAUCAAAAACAGGAAAUUAUGAAUUAGUGGCUACUGUGAUUUCACAGAUGAAGAAUGAAGUACGUCUAAAUGAAGAAACAUUGAAUGCGCUUGUGCUGGUUCAUUCAAUAAAUGGAGACAUAGAAAAUGCCAAGAGUAUUUUCAGCACAAUGAAAACUGAAAUGAUCGGCCCUUCUAAGAAUACCUAUGCUAAUCUAGCAUAUGGGUAUGCAAAGAUAGGACUUUGGAAGAAUUUGCAAGAACUAAUGGAAACUAACAAAUUUGAUACAGUACAGAUUAUGUGUAUAGUGAAAACACUCAGUUUCUCGGAUCAUGGGAUCUAUAUACCAGAAGUUUUACAAUAUUUGGAAACUCCAAUUGACCCUAAUGAUCCUUAUAUUAUAAACACUGUCAUUGAGUUAACUCAUGCACAAAAAAUAGAAGAUGGAUAUAAAAUUAUAGAUUUUAUCCCAAUAUCUCAACAGCCUGUAAAUCAAGUUAACACACCCAAACAUUACUUUUUGUAUGAAUUAGUAAAUACUAAUACGCCCAUUGGCAUCAUCAUAUCUGUUGCUAAUAAACUGGUAACAUCUGGUAAAAUUCCAACAGCAUUCUUACAAAUAGCAGAAAUUGCACUGCGUCUAAAAGCAGAGAGUGUAGCACUUGCAAUGUUUGAACUAUUAAAAGAGAGAGGUAUAGCAAUAAAGCCACACUUUUAUUGGCCAUUGUUAUUGAAGGCUUCUAACGAAGAAGGGGAAGCUAAAAUAUUACAACUGAUCGACCAUAUGCAAAGGAUGGGUGCAAACUUAGAUUAUGAUACAUUAAGUUCUUAUAUAUUUCCAUACAUGAAUUUGUCAGACCCUAUCAUAGCUUUACGAAAGAUACAAGAUAAAGGUGUAACAGCUUCUUAUAUAAUAACACCUUUACUUUCAGUACUUUUAGUCAGAGGUGAAGUAUUUUCUGCCAGUAUGUUACUUAAAACAAUAAAAUGUAAAAUAGAUCACCUAUCGAUUUUGAAACAACUCAUUCUGGGAUAUAAGAUUUCAAAAGAUAUUAACAAUUGUACAGCAAUUUUAAAACUAUCAGCAGCCAAUUUUGAUUUUGGAGGAAUAUUUCUGCAGGAUUUAAUAUCAGAUAAAAAAAAUGAAUUAACUAUGAGAGAACUCAGUUCAUUCAUAAAGUCGUUCAAGAUAUAUCAAUUGUUCAUAUCCAGCACUAGUGGGAAAAUUAUUAAAAACAAAAUCAUGGAAUUAAGUGGUAAUGAAAUGAAAGAAACAUCUUUUGAAAUGAUCGAACAACUGGUGGAUCCUACAUUGGAUUUGCCAAAUACAGACCAUUUCACAAUGAUACCACAUCCAAGCCAAAUGACUACAGAAGAAUUAGAAAAUCAUUUAACAGAACUUCGAACCAAAGGAUUAAAUACACGAGGUGUCUUAAGAAAGUUACUCCAAUCUUAUUGCACCGAGAAUAAUCUACAGAGAGCUCAAGAGAUUAGAGCAGAAUUUGAUGAAAAUGGUUUCAACUGGACGCCCGGUAUGAGAAGUGCUUUGUUUGAUUUAUAUUCAAACAAUGGGAUGAUAAAUGAGGCCCAAUCUGAAUUAACAAAGUUAAAAGUAUAUCAUACCAACUUUCAAAUAGACGAUCAAAAAAUCUUGAAUUAUGCGACUGUACUUGUCAAUCAAAAUAAUAUACAAAUGGCACUGAAUCUAUUAAAUGAUCAUAAAGUCGUAAAAGAUGAUUCAAAUAUAUCCAAGAAUUGUUGGCAGUUUUUAAAUACAGUGGCUCAUAAAAAUCCAGAUCACGUGGAAAAGUUAUUUAAUCUUUUGAUAAGUAAACAUUUUUGCAAGAUUAAUAACGGCAUACUUGGUCCCCUAAUAAGAGUACAUUUAUUAAAGAAUGAUGUUGUAUCCGCUGUGGAAACUUUCAAAAAAUUAGAGAAGAAUUAUCAAAAGGUGCCACUGCUGCAAGAAAUAAUGAUGGCCCUUAUCAGUUCGAGUGAUAAGACAUGGGCGGAGAAGCAGCUACAAGAAGUUUAUGAUAUUGCAAAAAAAAUCGUUAAUAUACGUACAGUAAAUGCAUCACUACUCGUUGCAUUGGCUAAAUGCAAAAAAUUUAAAGAAAUUCACAAUUUGUUACGGACACAAGGAAUUUCAGAAGACAAAUUAUCUUCUGCAUUAACUUUUGUGCCAGAGGAGACUAAACUUCCAAUUCUAUUUACAAUUCUUGAAGCGAGUCGAGGAAUCCCAGACACAUAUAUAAAUUUUAUUUAUAAUUUAAUAUUAUCUGUUUAUAGUAGAGCGGGAGAUUAUGAAGGAGCUAUGACUCUAUGGGAAAAGAUGAUCUCUGAAGACAUUCCUCCAACGAAGUGGUUUAGAGAUCAUUUCAUUGAGUUAUUAUCAUCUCACAAAAUUGAAUUACCACAAGACUUUCCUGUAAAAAGGUACCAAGACGAAAUAAACAGACGAAAAUAACUUUUA